UCCCGGGCCGACCGCCUGCCAAGUUUGUGAGGCCCCAGGCUUUCUUGUGGGAGGACGCUGGGCUGUCUUCAUGCUCUUUGGCAAUGAUUAAAGUGAGGAACAAGACGACCAACGGCGACUGCCGGAAAGACCCCCGGGAGCGGAGCCGCAGCCCCAUCGAGCGAGCCGUGGCCCCGACCAUGAGCCUGCACGGCGGCCACCUGUACUCGUCCGUCCCCAGCCUCAGUCUGGAGCAGCCCCUCGCACUGACCAAGAACAGCCUGGACGCCAGCAGGCCGGCCGGCCUCUCGCCCACCCUGACCCCCGUGGAGCGGCAGCAGAACCGGCCCUCUGUGAUCACGUGCGCCUCUGCCAGUGCCCGCAACUGCAACCUGUCCCACUGCCCCAUCGCGCACAGCGGCUGCGUGGCCGGCCCGGCCAGCUACCGGAGGGCCCCAAGCUCCGCCGCCACCUGCGACCCUGUGGUGGAGGAGCACUUCCGCAGGAGCCUGGGCAAGAACUACAAGGAGCCCGAGCCGGCGCCCAACUCAGUGUCCAUCACAGGCUCCGUGGACGACCACUUUGCCAAAGCCCUGGGCGACACGUGGCUUCAGAUCAAGGCGGCCAAGGAUGGCGCAUCGAGCAGCCCCGAGUCGGCCUCCCGCCGGGGCCAGCCCGCCAGCCCCUCGGCCCACAUGGUCAGCCACAGCCACUCCCCCUCCGUGGUCUCCUGAAGGGAGCGCCGCCCGCUGACACGACGUCCAUCUGCAUGGUUUGCCUGCGCUUCGAACAGUCAGUGCUUAAAAAAAUGGAAAAACAACAAAAAAAUCGUGGGUGGGGGGGUGGGGGGAAGGGAGGGAUGGUUUCUUCGCAAAAACCAUGUCGUGGGGAUUUCUGUUGUGUUUUGUACUUGCCGGGUCGGGUGUCCGGACACGGGCCCUGGACCGUGACCGCAGGACUGCGCGCAGCCUCUGUCCGACGCAGCACCUGACCUCCUGCCUCAGUUACCAAAGAGACCUCUGACGCAGGGCUGCUGCGCCGACAGGGGCCCGGGCCUCCGGUGACCCCGACGCCCUGUGCUUUUCCAUUUGCUUCUUGAGACCCGGUGCGCGGCUCAGCGUCCAGCCCGCGUGUGUGCGCUCGUGUGUGUGCGUCUACUUGAAGAGAACGGAGCUGUCGUGUCUGAUUUGCACUAUGGGAGGAGGACAGAAGUUGCCUGCCUGGCAACUCUGUGAGAUGCUAGCACUCUGAGAGCAAACUGCUGAAAAACAAAGGGUUUAAGGAUGACAUUUCUGACCGUUUGUGUGUGUUUGCUUUCGUUGAACUUAGGACCGCUCUGGAAGGGGAAGUCUCACGCAGGUUGUAGGCCUUUCUCUGUCUAGGUUUCAGGUGCUUGCAACUGGACUGCAGACUGCCAGCCACGGGCAUUUUACCUUCUCUGAACACUGCAGUUUGUCAGACGAGUGGAGGUUGGCGGUUCCACAGUGCUUUAAACGUGAUGCAUGUUUUAAUGGAUAAAAAUAGCUGGUUUCUAUUAAUUGUAUAGUCAGUAAACAAAAACCUUAAUCCUUACUAGCUUCCUUUCAGAGUUAGUUUACUUUCGUCAGUUACAGCCCUAGGCAUACUCACUGCUGGUACAGUUGUGCUCGAAGAUGUGUAUUUGAUACUCACGUUCCUCCCAAGCAGCGCGGGGCCGCUCGGCCCCGGCAGGCCCUGGAGACGGGCAGGUGAGCGGCUGGUCAGCCUCAGUGUCGGAUGCUGGAGUUUCAGCUGCAGGCCGACACCAUUUAUGUUUUUUGCAUCCCUGUCUGCUUAUUACUCGCUCCCAGGGGAGCUGGGGUUUGUGUCUCCCACCUACCCUCGAUGCAGAAACUACUCCCUUUAACCUCUUGGCUGAACAGCAGAUUCCUGACAAUCUGUGAUACGGUAUUUUGUAUGCUUCCUCGUACGCUGGGGCCAAGGCAGUAUACAUUCCUCUGACUUUAUACAGUUAUUACUGCGUUUAUUACUCGUUUGCUCUAGAAAUAGCUACUAACUAGAAGUUAGGUGAAGAAGAAAGCAUGACAGACCCAGCUGUGGAUGCUCAACAGCUGCUCCUCUUGCUGGUAAACGUUUCCGUGCCCCCGCCUGUCCCCUGCGCUCCCUGCCAGCCCCGCCCACCCGCGGGCUUGAGCCGUCACCUGGCCAGGUGAUGCAGGCAGACCCCCACUCCCAGGGGAGCCCUCGAGGCUGGCUUUCAGUGUGAGGAAAAUACAGGUGAGCUGGUUAAUUCCGAAAGCUGGCACUGGGUGAAGAGGUGGGAGGACUGGCUCCUGUGGCCACAGGGUGGCUGCAGGUCUUCGAAAAGGCGGGAGAAGAGCCAUCCUCUGCCUCCCCCCAUGUCCCCCCCCACCUUAACUGGGCUUCCAGGCUUUUGCAUUCAGGCCCCUAUAUUUUCUGUAGGAAAAAAUCGUUGAAAACACUUUUUUUAUAUAGGUAACUUUAAGACCAUCAUUACGCUGUGCGUAAAGAAUGUACAGAGAAAUUUGUAGGUAUUUUUUGAAGAACAAUUAAUUUGUUAAUGAUAUGUAGCUAUUUAAUUUUUCCCUUUCCUAUUGUAAUCAUUCAUAUUUUUUUUUGUUUGGAAAAAAAAGUUGAUCUUUUUUUUUUUUUGGUCGUAGAAGUGUCCGUAAAAGUGCAGGAACACAGUUAUUCUAUGAGAUCACUGCAUCUGCCUUAAUAGCCACUAGUUUGUUAUUGCUACAGGCUACUGAGCGUCGCCACAGGAAAACAACCCGCUGUGGGCGGCUCUGUGCAGAACGGCCCCUCCGGGCCCGGCGUCCGCCACCGAGGCCGUUGCUUUGGGAGGGGACGGUGGCGCGGAGGGCCAGGCCCCGGUGCGCUGACCUAUCUGGGAUAGGCAGCCCCCUGGAGGGGGCCUGGGGCGGAUGGUGGCCGGGAAGGGACACUCCCUGGCCUCGGUGGGGGAAGGGUGGGGGGCUCAGUGAGGUUCUUCACAGAGCCGCGCCGUCCGCAGUGCGUUCUGACAAUUCUCUCCGUGUUUGUAAAUCUGUAAUAUACCAUUCUCUGUGGCCUGUUUUUCCUGGAAGAAGAAGAAAAAAAAGGUUUGGCAGGCCAUCUUUUUUUUGUACUUAAAAGUAGCCUUAAGAACAAUAAUAAAGUGCUCUUAAACCACA